CAGCAACAAAGAAUAUCAAAUAAGUUUCUAUGCACGGGAGCAGACAACUAGCUCGUUAGCUACAUAUUUGACUGUGUUUAUUUGUUGGUAUCAAAACGAGCUCUCAUUUGCAAUAAGUUUGAUUACCAUCGGCAAUGGAUACACGGUUGGUUAUUCACCUUGCAGCGUAGUUGAAUGAACGCUGGGUGGCUAGCUAGCACAACAAGGCAGCUGGAGUUGAACGCCAUUGUGGGUGCUGAUAGAAAUGAUCCGGAUUGCAGCUCUUAAUGCAGCAGCGGCUGCUGCUGAUGAAACAGAAGACCAUCUGAGAAGCAACAAGAGUCGAACUAAGGAAGCCCAGGAAGCCGAGGCGUUUGCCCUAUACCAUAAAGCUUUAGAUCUUCAGAAGCAUGACAAGUUUGAGGAGUCUACUAAGGCCUACCAUGAACUCCUCAAAACCCCACUCCUCAAAGAGGCCAUGCCGUCGGAUAACCAGAAGAUCGGUCUCAAACACCCAGGCCUCAUGCUUAAGUACUCCACCUUCAAAAACCUGGCGAGUCUGGCUGUGCUGAGGGACGACCUGCAGACCGCCAUGGAGUUCUACCUGGAGGCUGUGAUGCUGGAUUCCACGGAUGUGAACAUGUGGUACAAGAUCGGCCAGGUGGCCGUGCGGCUUGUGCGUAUUCCUCUGGCCCGGCAUGCGUUUGAGGAGGGCCUGCACUGUAACCCAGACCACUGGCCCUGUCUGGACAACCUCAUCACCGUCCUCUACACGCUCAGUGACUACAGCUGCUGUUUGUACUUCAUCGGCAAAGCCUUGGAAAAGGAUCAUUGUUACAGCAAAGGCUUGGUGUUGAAGGAGAAGAUCUUCGAGGAGCAACCUUGUCUGAGGAAGGAUACCAUGCACAUAUUCAUGAAGUGCAACAUGUCCGUCCACUAUGUGGAGGUGGAUGAAGACGAGAGCCAGGCUAUCAUCCAGGAGACCAUGGACCUGCGACGCCACAGACAGGCUUUCUCAGUCCAGGAGCCCAAGCCAGACCUGGUGCUGGUCCAGCCAAUCCGCCGCUUCACUUGGAAGAACAUAGGCGAGAACUUCCUGGCUAUGUACAGACACCAGACCACGUGCGAGGCUCCUCGUCCCAGUCUGGGCCGCAGGAUCGACCUGUCCGAGUACCAAGACCCCAACUGCCUCCAGGGCAUCCCCCAGCCCGCCAGUCCGGCCAGCGUGAGCCAGACCGUGCCCAGCAGCAGCCCCUGCUCCUCCCUGCCUCCCCUCCCUGCUCCAGAGCCAGCCACCCUGUCCCAGCCCAGCACCCUGGUCCACAUCGCCACCACCCAGGCCACGGUGGAGGUCACCACGACCGCCCCAGCCGAAGCGAUGGACACGUCCCUCACGGAGAAGGUGAAGAAAGCCACUAAGAGGAAGAGGGUCGUUGAGGACAGCGGGGACACGGCCAAGCGGCGGUCUGCUCGGGUCCGAAACACAAAGUGCAAGAAAGAGGAGAAGAUUGACUUCCAAGAGCUGCUUUUCAAAUUCCUGCCUUCCAGACUCAAGAAGUUCGACCCGGAGGAUGAUGAUGAGAGCCUGAGUAACCUGGAGGCCCGGUGUGACGUCAAGCAGGACUCCCAGUUCCUCAACGGCAGCUGUACACCUCUGGAAUCCAUAGAAUACAUGGAAUCAGAACAACAGGAUGUCCACAGCUUCCUGCUCAACAACAUGACCAACGGGGGGAUACUGGACCUGAUGGUGCGCUACCUGAAGGCUGUGUGUCAGAGGUUCUUGGAGGAGUGGCCUCGAGGGCUGGUUGCCGUGGUGCUGGAGGUCUAUCAGACCUGGAGGAAGCACAGCAGCGGUGUGCCCAACCCCUUGCUGCGAGACUGCAGCAACCAGCACAUCCGGGAGAUGCUGGUGAUGAGCUUGUCCUGCAUGGAACUGCAGUUGGAGCAGUGGUCACACACCAAAGGCAAAAACGCGUCUCCCAGAAAGAGCGGCGGAGGCCAGAGUGGCGAUGCAGGCGUCCCAGACUUCCCUGGGCAGCACUUCCAGGCUGACCUGUCCCAGCUGGCUCUGGGCUCCUCUCAGAGGGACCUGUUUGAGGACGGCUGGCUGCCAGUCGGAGUGCGCGUGUACUGGCUCAAGGCACACUUCCUCACCCUACAAGGUGACAUGGAGCUGGCGCUGGAGAACUACGACAUGUGUGCCGGGCUGUUGCAGAGCCGGCCGAAGCCCACCGAGGGAAAGGAGUACACCAUCUACCUGCCAAACCUGAAGGUGGACGCGUCCAUCUCCCUGGAGGAGAUUGACAAGAAGCUGAAGUCUCUGGAGCGCUGCCAGUCCCUGGAGGAGAUCCAGCGCCUGCACCAGACGGGAGACCACCAGGCGGUGGUGCGCCUGCUGCAGGCCACGCUCCCCUACGGGGGCUCCGGCCGGGGAAAGCCUCCGGACUUUGUCAGCUCCGCCCCGGAAAGGCCCGCCCAGCUGCUGCUGCUGCAGAACUCUCUGCUGAAGCUGAAGGACUACCAGCAGUGCCUGGAGAGCACCGAGGUGGCCCUGAACGAGGCCCUGCAGCAGCUGAACUCGACGUCGGGCAGCUGCUCUCCCUCGGUGAAGGAGGAGUGGGUGUCCACCAUCACCCAGCUGCUCGGGGGGAUCAGGCUGUGCUUCUCGGAGGAGCCGCAGCUCCUGAGCAGCGUGCCUCGCUGCUCCAGCAUGGCCCGCCUCGCCAACAACCUCAUCCAGCUGAUUGACCUCAGCAUGGCCAUCCCAGACGAUCCCAAGGAGCCUCAUUUCUCCUCGGUCGUCCCCUGGGUCCUACUGCACCACAUCAUCAAGCAUGAGGAGGCGGCCUUCGACUGCAUGCUCCGCCAGCAUGUGGCCGUAGGGGACGAGGAAGAUGACUCGGACGUGCCCAUGCUGCCCUCGUCGCUGAUGCUGCUGAACACGGCUCACGAGUACCUGGGCCGGCGCUCCUGGUGCUGCAACUCCGACGGAGCCCUCCUUAAGUUCUACGUCGAAGUUCUGGAGAAGGAGCUGGCGGCUUCCAACAGGCUGGACUCCCACCCGCACAAGGAGGAGCUGGAGAUGGCCCUGGAGCAGUGCUUCUUCUGCCUGUACGCCUACCCCAGCAAGAAGAGCAAGGCCCGCUACCUGGAGGAGCACUCGGCCCAGCAGGUGGAGCUGCAGUGGGGAAACGCCCUGUUCAUGUUCCAGUACUUCAAGCCCAAGACCCUGCCGGAGUUCGACAGCUACAAGACGAGCACGGUGUCGGCCGACCUGGCCAACCUGCUGCGGCGCUUCUCGGGCAUCGUGCCCUGCGGCGACGCCCCCUCCCUCAGCAUGGACGAGGUGGCGGCCUACAUCGAGGGGGCCGGUGAUAAGGUGCCUGCUCUCCCCGAGGGAGGCUCUCCGGCUCCCCCCAUUGUGGAUGAGAUCUAUUACCUCCUGGGGGACUACCACUUCAAGAACAAGGAGCAGUUGAAAGCCAUCAAGUUCUACAUGCAUGACAUCUGUGUGUGUCCAAACAGGUUCGACUCGUGGGCAGGCAUGGCCCUGGCCAGAGCCAGCCGCAUCCAGGACAAGCUGAACUCCAACGAGCUGAAGAGCGACGGGCCCAUCUGGAAGCACUCCCUGGCCGUGCUCAACUGCUUCAAGAGGGCCCUGGAGAUCGACGCCUCCAACCUGUCCCUGUGGAUCGAGUACGGCACCAUGUCCUACGCCCUGCACUCCUUCGCCUCGCGCCAGCUCAAGCAGUGGAGGAGCGAGCUGCCCCCGGAGGUGGUGAAGCAGAUGACGGAGAGGCGAGACUCCAUGCUCGAGACGUCGUCCCAGUGCUUCCAGGGGGCAUCUCGUUGCGAAGGGGACAGUGACGAGGAGGAGUGGCUUAUACACUACAUGCUGGGGAAGAUCGCCGAGAAACGCAAGCAGCCGCCACGAGAAUACCUGCAUCUCUACAAGCGGGCAGCACAUUACCUGCAUGAGGAGGCAGCCAGAUACCCACGCAAAAUACACUAUCACAACCCACCAGACCUGGCUAUGGAAGCACUGGAGCUCCACUUCCGUCUGGGCGCCUCCAUCCUCAAGCUGCUGGAGGCGGGCGAGGCCGAUGGCGAGGCCGAACUGGAGCACGAGCUGCUAUUCACCCUGCUGGCUGAGGCCGCGGCCGGCCCUUUCGCCCGGGGAGCGGAGAAGAGCAUGCCCAAGUCCCAGGAGAAGGAGAAGCCCCCCUCCGUGAUGGACGAGGACUCGCACGGUUCCUCCGUGUGCGCGGCGGCGGGCGGUCACGCCGGCGCCCCCCCGCCCCCCUCCAGCGCCCCAGGUCUGACAUCCCCGCCUUACACGGCCACACCGGUCGACCAUGAUUACGCCAAACGUAAAACCCUGCGACGACAGCAGCAGACGUGGCAGCAGCAGCAUAAGGAGCAGCAGGCUGAUGCCUCACCAGAGCUUGACCACGAUUACUGCCUCCCUCCAAAGUGCCUGUCAUCCCUGAAUGAGCGCAGUCAGGACAGCGAAGUGGUGAUGCUGUCCGACUCCAACUCCACCCAGGAUGCCUUCACGGACCCCGCCAGCUCCCAGGACAGCAGCCACAAGCCGCCGUCCGGCAAGGGGAGCACGUCGUCCUCCGAGAACACCACGCCCGUCAAGCUGACCCAGCCCUCCGCCGAAAACGCAGGCUCUCCCGAAGACAAAAACACGGGGCUAGGCCCCGCGGCCACGCAGCAGGACAAGGGUGUCCAGGAAGUCCCAGACGCUUCGUCAGGGACCCCUCCGGACACCCCAAAGCCCCCCGCGGACCCCGUCCCCGCCACGCCCCCCAAGACGGCCGUGGGGCCCCAGGGCACCCCCCAGACCCCCGUCAGCGAGGGCAAGAAGAGGGCGGAGCCCCCCCCAGAGGCGGCGGUGGUGGAGGUCCCCAGGACCCUGCCCGCGGAGCGAGCGGAGCAGCGGAGGAUGCUGGUGGAGAUGUGCGCCGACGCCCUCUUCCUCUGCCUCGGGCGCUUCCCCCAGCACUACAAGAGCCUGUACCGCCUGGCCUUCUACCACGCCAACAGCAAGACGCACCAGAAUCUGCAGUGGGCACGAGAUGUGUUGCUAGGAAGCAGUGUCCCAUGGCAACAGCUGAAGCACAUGCCAGCACAAGGACUUUUCUGUGAGAGGAACAAGACCAACCUGUUCAACGGCAUCUGGCGUAUCCCAGUGGAUGAGAUUGAUCGCCCGGGGAGUUUUGCGUCGCAUAUGAACCGUUCCAUCGUCCUGCUGCUGGAGGUGCUGUCUCUGCUGAAGGACCACGACACUCUGCUGAAGGUCUCCUUCAUGCUCCAGAGGACGCCUGACCAGGGAAAGAAAUAUUUGCGGGAUGUGGAUCGGCAAGUUUUGGCCAAGAGAGCAUUUUUCCUCAAUGUGAAAGUCCUGGAGGACAAGCUGAACAGUCUCACAGGGGUUUCAGAGCAGCCUUCCAAAGCGCCUUUACCCUCCAUGGGGGAGAUGACGACGACCGACACAUCCAGCAGACCCGGUGCGGACGACGUCAAACAGGCCCUGCCUAAGAAGCCGGGGCUCUCUGACGGAACCGCUGCCCCAGGCCCUGACCCCGGCCCCAGGGAGGCCUCCCAGGCACAGCCCCCCCAGGGCCCCGACAAAGGGGACCAGGCGCCAGUGCUCCCCGCGGGGAAGGCGGAGGGGGUCAGAGCAGGACCGGACGAGCCCAUGGAGCUGGACUUCAGCCUCUGGGAGAGGGCGGCCAAGCCCACGGACCCUCAGGGCAGGCUGCUGAACACCGAGGCCCCCAGAAGUGGGACUGAGCUGGGGGAGAAGGUGCCGGAGAGCAGCCGGGCUCCGGAGCUGUCCCUGGAGGAGCUGAGUAUCAGCUCCAGGCAGCAGCAGGCCGCUCACGCUCCCAGAGCCCCGCUGCCGGGGUACGGGGCGGAGCAGGGGCCAGGGCUGGGGCAGGGGCCGGGGCUGGGGAGGAGGCCCAGCCGGAAGAGGAAGAUGCUGGAGGACGUGGAGUCCGGGAAGACGUUGCUGCUGGACGCUUACAGGGUGUGGCAGCAGGGUCAGAAGGUCAUGACCUAUGACCUGGGGCGCAUCGAGAAGAUCAUGUCCGAGACCUACAUGCUCAUGAAGCAGGUCGACGAGGACGUUGCUUUGGACCAAGCGGUGAAGUUCUGCCAGGUCCAGCUGGCCGCCUCCGCGCAGAGACAGUCUGCCGGCGAGACUCCCACAACACCCAAGUACGCCAAGGAGCACCGAGACAUCUUCUUCCCAGCCUCGCUGCCCACGCCGGUCCUCCUCAGCCACGCCGCCUGCCCCCCCCUGCCCUCCCAGGACAGCCUAGCCAAAGUGGGGUACGAGCCGCUGGGCAAGACCCCCAGACCUGCCCCCUUCGGAGGCCACGAGCAGCCCCAGCCCCGGAGGCCCACCGUCAGCCUCUCUGCAGCGGCCAUGGCCUUCCUUCCACACUCAGAAGAGCGUGACCAGCUCCCAGAGGGCCUGUCGUACCGACAGCAGGAGUCUCACCUUUGCCACAAGAUGAAGCUGGCCAGCGUGUCCCCCGGGCAGGACGGGGGGGGCUGGCGUCACCAGGAGCCCCCCGCCUGCAGCUCCACACAGCCCUACCCUGGUCAGCACGCGCCCAGCUCAGACCAGCAGCUGUGCGGCAGCAGUGACCCGUCCAGGCUGUCCGAUCCCAGUCGCAUCCGCUCCCGCAUCCCUGCCAACAUGCCAAAGCUCUUCAUCCCCUCCACCGUCACCAAGUUCCCCCCGGAGAUCACCGUCACGCCCCCCACUCCCACCCUGCUGUCCCCCAAGGGCAGCAUCUCAGAGGAGACCAAGCAGAGGCUCAAGAGAUACUGCCCUCCCUUGUUUUCCCUCCAGAACGUCAUCCUGUCGUCCCAGUCCGCCGCCACGGUGAAGAAGGAGAUGCUGAGCCAGCCGGCCCUGGAGGUGCAGGAGACCUCCAGCCAGGAGUCCUCCCUGGAGAGCGAGUCCGAGGAGGAGGAAGAGGAGGAGGACGAUUACAUGGACGUCUGAGAUGCUAGGCAGCUUGGUUCCUUGGGUCCCCUGCUCAGAGCCCUGGGACACUGGAGCAGCCAGGGCCUCGACCUUCAGCUGGACCCUGACUUCCUCAAGCUUCUCUAGUGGGUCUGGGUCCCACCGAACGGACUGCAGCCGUUUGUCUGUGUGGCCGCAGUUGUCUUUCCAUCUUGGACUGUAUUCGCAAACAGAGUGAGAAGGACAUUCUGGAGAGAUCCGUGUGGGUCAUCCUCCAACUGUUGUGUGGUUGGACAUGUCAACGCUGUGUCCAUGGGCUGUAAUUAGUUUAACGGUAACAGGUUUACAAAGCCACAUUCAUACGGAGCACACUUGCCAGACAACAAAAGUUCACUCGAAUAUUUCAUCAAAGAAAAACAAGAGAGGGAGAUAUAGUGGGAUUUCACUUCAAACUAUGUUGUCCAAAUGAAGUUCACUAUGCAGAAUAUUUGUCUGCAGUGCCGCCAAACCCAUGACUAUGCUUUGUGCAUAGGAAAUGAAUCUUAUUUCAAUCAGUUUAUGCAUCUUUUUGGCGGGCUGCGAUCUGGCCCGUCUGGUUGUCGUGGCGGCUGUAGCUACGUCCCAAUGAACAGCUCAGCAGCCAAUCAGCAGGGCUGCUCCCACAGGCACGAGACUCACCUACGCAACGAGCUCACAUUCAAAGGGACGUUUGUGUGUGUGUGUGUGUGGGGGGGGGGGGGGGAGACACACGAACACACGAACUUAGAGCUGCACACAGGGCUCGUCUUGGAGCUCUCCAGAGCUUUGCACUAGGACAAACACCUGCAGUCUUCUAACUAGUAGCAGAUUGGAUAUGUUUACACUUUCAACAUGUCUCUUACCGGCUGAUUUGAUUUUUGGUUUCUAUUUUUGUACUCACUUUUUGGUUAUUAUGUGUCGUGAUAUUUCGUCCUGUUUUUUCUUGGUGAAUGUGUAGCUAACGAGGAGCGGUCUUCAACCAGGAAGCGGUCCUCUCACCAGCAUGGCUCAGUCUCUUAUGAUAUAGCAUGUGUACAUAUCGUACUACAACUCUCUUUUUCCGACAAGGUAACUCCUCGAGGAGGUUUGCGUUCCGGUCAGUUCCGAAUAUAGAUUGAAUUGCAGCUCGUGAAUAGAUGAAAGGAUUUGUUUGAUGUUUUCUGAUUUCAGUGGUUUUGAAGUGGAGAGCGUAGACAUGAGACAGGUGCCUUUCUAAUGGAUCCGUUUUGGUAGGAAAAAAAACUGAAUUGUAACUGAACUCAGAGGAAGACGAGGGAAUGUUUUUACAGAUUGUUUUCUAUAAAAAGAAGGAUGUCGCUGUAUGUUUUGCAAAAAGUACACUUUUUAAAAUGGAUAAACGAAAUGUAAAAAUAAAAAACACUGAAGGGACAUCUCACAACAAAAGUCUUGCUUGACUUCCCCCGAAAUAGAUGUUUGUAUUUUUGGGUGUAAGAUACUGUUUUGUAUUCUUCAGCUGAGCUUUUUGGGAUGCACAAUGGCUAAGGAGACGCACUGGGUUCAGGGUGCUUGUCGUGACCUCUGACCUUUAUCUCAGGUCUUCUGGGAAGGCUUCUUGUUGUUUUCACUAUAAUAAAGAUGUCACAAACCAAAAAAUAUAUUUGACAAACUCA